AUGGGUACAUUGAAAACCAUUUUGAAUAAAUUAGCCGGAGGAUCAAAGUCUCUUUACGAAUAUGAAACAUACAAAUACGACGAGAUCGAUUCCAAGUGGAUUAUUUAUCAAGAUCAAUUACAAUAUUUACAUAACAAAAGUAUCCUUGGCGAGUCUCUUUUUAAAACAAUUCAUGUUGUCUUAGCUCAAGUGCCCAUUCAACAUCUCAAUGAUAUCAUCAAUCAGAAAACAAAGAUAAUUGAGCGAUGUCGGAGAGUGAUUACACCGAUACCUACGUGUUUCUUAUUCGAAUUGCAGUUGAAUGAUAGAGAAGAAUCAGUGAUCUUCGGUGCAAAAGACGAUCAGACACGAAAAGUUUGGAUAAGUCAAUUGAAAAACGUUCUAUCUCAAUCGAAUACCAAAACUAAAGAUCAAGAGCCUUAUUUAACACCAACACCUUUGAUUGAAUCUGAUGUAAAACCAUCAGUUCCUCUAACAUCAAGUAUACAACCCUGGUAUCGACCGUUCGAACGUGUAAGUGACAAUCACUCGAGGAAUAUCUUAUUAACAAGAGAUUAUUUUAGUUUAACAAGCAAUUCUCAUCAUGUCGAUCAAAAUGCCGGACAUCUAAAAACGGAAUCUAAUUCCGAACCACCCGUAAAUAAUAAACAAGAAAAUUCUAUUCUCUCCACGAGAAUUUUCAUCUUUCAGGGUAUUCUAUGGAAUGAAAUUUUCUAUUCGAACGAUAAAGACGAUUAUAUCGACGUUUUAACAAGAACGGGUCAAUCUGGUGUGUUUCUUAUUCGACCACAAUCCAAAAAGAUCAGAUCAAAUGAUCACGAUUAUACAUUAUGUUUAUAUCACAAAUUACUUGGCAUCCGCAGUUUCCCCAUUUAUGAAAUCAAAUCACGAGAAGCUGAAUAUAGUUUAGCGAGAAAAGGUCGCGAAACUUUCGCGGAUAUGCUUCAACUCUGUCAAUAUUACAUGCGAAAUCCAUUGCCAAUGUUGACUAAAGAUAUUUUUUUAACUAAACCUUAUAAACAUUGUGAACAUAGACAUUGA